AGCUACUACUGUCAGUGUCAGGAAAAAAACAAAAUAAAUUCCUGAAAUUCUGGCCAAUUUUUCCGAAAAUAGAUUAUUUGAUUCGGAUUGCAUGUGAACUUCUUGAAAAGUACCAAAUUACAAUUAAUACCACACGGAAAUUGUACACAAAACACCUAUAUUUCCCUUCGUAAAUGUUAAAUCAAUAGUGUUUCAAAAUGAGUGAAUUGGUACCAGAGUUAGAGGGGCCGGAUAACAACAAUAGCGGGACAGAUCUGGAGACCUUGGACUAUUUACGCGGCGUAAAGUCCUCAACAUGCCUGCUGCUGCCGACGACCCCCAGCCCCACUGCCCUGGACUUCCAACACCCUCUGUCGGAUCAGAUGACCGACGCCGCAUUCCUAACGCUCAAUGAUGAGACCAGUGACCUUAAGAAUAUUGAUACAUCAGCGGGAGACUCCAGCUCGUCAGCGGACUCAAACUCGGUGGUGCAGGACCCUGUCAGCGCUCAACUCAUCAACAACAUCAGCAUGCUGGAGUAUCAGACCCUGAGCAAGAACGGAGACCAUAUCCUGAACCAGGUGGAGGACUGCAAACUCAACGGCAACCUCAAUGUUGGCAACCGGAAACUCCCUGGCUUCAUCAACUGGAACUGGGCUGUCAUCAGAAAGGUACUCCUUUGGAUUGUUCUCUCUGGCCUCAUAGCCUGUCUCGGCGCCAUCAUCGCUAUGAUUGUUACCAUACCAACCUCCUGCAACCCUGACCUCCCCUGGUACCAAGGGAAGGUAAUCUACGAAAUAUUCCCAGCCAGCUUCAAGGAUUCCAACAAUGAUGGAAUUGGAGACUUGAAAGGAAUCAUAAAGAAACUUGACUACAUAGAGGAGCUUGGGGCAUCAGCCAUCAGACUCAACUACAUCUUUGAGGCUUCCAACUAUCCUGAUCAUUAUUACAACACAACCUCCUUGAUCAGGAUUGAUAGAAGCAUUGGAACCGACAAGGACUUCAAAAACCUUGUAGGUGCAGCACACAGCAGGAACAUGUUUGUUGUUAUAGACAUACCUGUCAUCUCAAUAGCUACGCCAGUGUUCUCGCGAAACUUGAAUGUCUCUCACACAAUACUCACUUCGAACGGCACAGUUCUAGACUACUUCGACCCGACCUCGGACGCCAUAGCGUACUGGUCUAAGGUCCAAAACGUCGAUGGGUUUUAUCUGAAAAACCUUGAAAAGUUCGUUGACGACGUAAACUUCGGCAGCACCCUUCAAAUCUGGAAACAGAUGAUUGGCGCCGGCAAAAUAUUCAUAGCCAGUGAAGCAGCUCUGCAAAAAGCUAAAGGAGACUCACUCCACAUCCUGCUAUCGAGGGUUGAUUUAAUCGAUGUCCCUUUACACCUAAAUAACGACAUAACUCAUGUGAAGAACCGGAUAGACGAAGUUCUUUCUGGGCCUCUGUGGUCCAAGCCUCAUUACCCGUGGGUUCUAUGGAACAUUGGGGACAUCGACAGUGAGAGGAUUGCCAGUAAACAAAUGAACAACACUCUGGUUUUGCGAGUCCUUCAAUUCUCCCUUCCUGGCACCAUCAAUAUGUUUUACGGUGACGAAAUAGGCCUCGGAGGAAUAUCUUCCAAAGACGUUGAGCACGACUUCCACGAGCACAAGCAUGUGCAUAACGUCCCGCCAAUGAUGUUUCCGGGAAUAGACGAUAAAGAGAACAGCGGGAAAGUACUAUCAUGGAACUCCAAGUCUUCCUUAGACCCCAACUACCACUACCUGGAAAUAAUAAAGAGUCUCACCAAAGUCAGACUGAACACUCCGACUAUUUACCUGAACGGAAUAUUUAAAGAAGGGAAUAUAUUCAAGAAUGCGGAGGUGCGGCAAACGGAGAAUGACCUCGUGGUGGUCGAGCGUUGGUUUCCCAGAAGGAAUACUUGCGUGUUUGUCGGGAAUCUGGGGAACUCGUCGAUAACUACUGACCUUUCCACGAUGUUCUAUGGGGGAACAGUGAUCGCCGGUACUAACACCAGCCUCAUCGGGCAGGUUCUUUACUUCGAAAAGAUCACUUUUCUUCCGAAUUCCGGUGUUAUAUUGAAACUGGAAAAGUAAUUGACGUUUGAAUCCUAUCGUAGCCAUUAGAGCGUUUCUUGAGCGCUGGUCUUCUCUGAUUUGUUUUUAUUGUAUCUCGUCAGUAAAAAUUCAUGCCUCUUUUUAUCAUAAAAUCCAACUGUUGUAACAAAAAUUUGAGGACUAGCGGUCAAGAUUGCUAUGUAGGAGAGAACCUCAUUUAAACUUACAAUCUCAAUCAUUAGGUGCAGAGUUUUAGAAACGAAGCCCUAAGUAGGUAUUAUUUAAUCGUAAGGAUAAUAGUUUUACCUAUCUAUGCUAUUGGAUGGCUGCCAUAUUGAAGAAUCUUCAUUGGUAUUUGAUGUACUUAUAGGUUUUGAUACGUAUAACCACGAUAUUUCUUAACAGAAUCUCAAAAUGUAUUUUCAUUUGUUAUAUGAUUUGUAGUAAUGUAAGUAUUAAGUUUUUUAAUUAUGUUUUUAAUUAUUGUAUUAUACGGUACGGUAUUUAGGGAGCAACCGUACCUACUUCUAACCAAAAAUGUAGAGCUAAUUAGAUAAUACUUCCCAAAGAUGUUUGUCAGUAUUUUAUUCCUUAAUUUACCAAAGAUUGUACUUACCUACUUAGUAGUUGAAAAAUCAAACACAUGUUUUAUAUUGCGAUUUUUUAAUGUAAAUUAUUUACAUUUGUACACAGUUGAAACAAUAUGUACUUUGUGAAUGUUUAACCUAGUUAAAUUAUAUACACACGAUGGCCGUAAACAAAAUAAAUAGUUGCAGAUAU